AUGGCAAUUACGUGGGACAAUGCAGAUGGCAAAUGGGAGUUCUACUUAGAUAGCGUACAUCGUUUCAGCAUCGAUAAUUUUCGAACAGGUCAGAUUGUACCAAAUAAUAGUUUGAUAAUAAUCGGACAAGAGCAGGAUGAGUUUUCCGGCGGCUUUUCGCCAGAUCAGGCACUUCAGGGAUGCCUAAGCCGUUUAAAUAUUUGGGAUACAGUUUUGCCAGUAGAAGUCGUUGUUUCGUUUGCAAAGGAUCCUGGUUACGAUAACGGCAACGUAUUGUCAUGGUCAUUCCUUCGUCAUCAUCUCAGCGAUAUUCAGGCUUCUCAGCCAUCGAAUGUUGUGAGCAGUGGUAAGUUUGCGGAGCUUUUGGCUUACGUAACAGUUUUCAUUGCCAUGCAGCCAUAAGGUUCUGGAAGUGCGUAUUGAGAACCAAUCAAUUGACAUUUUGCGACUUGCGUAUUAAUAAUUUCAGAUAAACCUUCUGUAAUAACAUGUCAUAAAAAGUAGAAAGCCAAUAUUUUCCCUGCAUGGUUAUCUGGGUAAUUUAACAAGUGCGGAACAUUUUAGGCCUGGAUUUUAAUAAAAUCCCCGCAUACCCCCCGGGAUGUCGGAUUUCAAUUGAAAAAAUUAUGAUCUUUUUAAUUUGUGGUUUUGCUGAGGGAAACAAUCAUUUUAGCCACUUGGCUUUGUUUUAAAAGCAAUAUAGAGGUUUUCAGCAUAUAGUAGUGGAGUAACAUAGCUUGUCCUCAGUUUGUUAUAAUUUGCGACUGACUUCAGUCAAUAUUUUAUUUUAAUUUCGAUUACAGUUGGGAAAUCCAAUGUCGCACUAACGUUCAGCCAGAUGAGCAACCUUAAUUAUGCUGUUCUGCCUUAUGACGGUUCAAUAAUCGCACAACUUACAGUUUGUACUUGGAUUGACCUUACCGCUAGUUCCACAGAUGCACCCUGUCUCAUAUCGUAUGCAACGUCAACUUCAUUCAAUGAAUUUUACAUUUUUUUUUACGAAUCAAAGUGCUUGAUCAGUUUGGAGAGUCAAAAAUAUGAGUAA